CGAAUUGAGGCUGCUCUUUCCUCCGUCGGCGGAGCUCUAACCCUAGUUUUCUUUUAUUUCUGUCUCCGCCGCUUUCCCCGUCCUGAUUCUGAUCUGCGGCCCACUCGCCUUCGAUCCCGCUUGCUUUGAGUCGCUUGAUUCGAUUGCCCCUCGAUCGAUCUCUGGCCUUGAUCCGUGUGCCCCUCGAUCGAGAGCGAGGAAGAGACAGUGGGAGCACGAUGUCGCGGUGCUUUCCGUACCAUCCGCCGCACAUCGAAGAGUCCUUGAUCGAAUCAAUCAAGGUUUGUUGAGCAUCAAUGCCGCUGCGAUUGAUUUCUUGCAUUCUUGCUCGACUUCCUUUAUUCGCGAUCCGUUCGUCGCCACGAUCUCUUGGUCACUUUAGUCUUAGAUCGAACGAAUUCUUGCGAAGUUGGAGUUCAUAAGUUUGUAAUCAUAUGUCAAAUGGAUAGAGGAAUUGUAAUCGACCACAAUAUGAUUGGAUUUUAUUCCGUAGAUAGUAUUGUUUAGGAAAUUGGUUUUUUGUUAUUCUUCUGGUGGAUGGCUAUGGAGUUCUUAUGAAGAUGAGUUGUUGGUUGGUAGAUGAGAUGCUCAGGUCAAUUACAAGACUAUUAAGCGGUUCUCUACACGAGUCUUGAGCUUUGAGUUUAUAGAUCUCCUAUGAAAAAGCAAUUAAAAGUGGAUCUGCCAAGGUUAGAUGUGGUACAGGUAUGGGGAGCACUCUGAUGUCAGAUUAAGAAAUUCCGAAUUGGAUCUUGAUAUGAUUGAUGUGGUCGAUUAAAAGAAAUCCUUAGGAGUUGAUUUGUAGGUAUACUAUGAAAAAGCAAUUCACAUUUGCAACAGAUCCUGUUAUUUUUGCGCUUUCUUUUAAUUGUCGGACCAGUAUUUUGGUGGAAGUCAUUUGAUGGAAAUCAUGGAUACUAUCAAGAACCCUUGUAGUAGUUGCACUUUCUUUGUAUUCUCUUUUUAGAUGUUCCGGUUGUGGCAUAGUAAUUUCAAGGCAAAGAUGAACGACUUGAUUCCAUUGGAUUCUCAUCAAUGUAUUUGCACUUAAAGUGAAAUGGUUGUUUAUAUUAAUUAUCAUGAGAGGUCUAAUUAUAUUAGUCUCCUAAUAAAGUUUAUUAGCAAACAACUCCAUCUUAUGUCUCAAGCAUAGCAUCUGAGUUUUGAAUGCUAUCAGAUUAUUAUGUUAGAAUUUUGUUUAGAGAUUGAGAAAUGCAGUCAGAUCUAAGAGGAUUGGCAAUUUAUUAACAGUAAAGCUUUUUCUCUAGUUCUAAACAUUAAUGUUAACAAUCUGUAUCGUUGAAAAUUCUUGUUUGGUUGAAGUUCAUAUCCGUUGUUACUUUUUUUUGGAAUAUCUGAGCUUGAACAGAUAUCCGGGUUCAAAUCCCGGCAACGGAUUUAUGACCAAAAAGAAAAAAAAAAGAUCCUUGUAAUUAUAAUAUUCUUGGUCACUCUCUUGACAGGACUUCUUCAUAGUUUGACUGCUAAUGCAAAUUGAGUCUUAGGGGAAUGAAUGAUAGUGCGUAGAAAAUUUUUGGUUUACUAUUUUCUUUAGUAAUCAGGGUGAACGUAUCAAAGAUGCAAAGGUUCCUAAGUUCUUAUUGGUAAACUAAAUAUUAGUUAAAUGAUUGGCUAUAUAUUGCUAUAGUGAUUGUGUUUCCUGUUUUCCUCUCCUCAUUACAUUACCGUUCGGCCCUUUCUACCUGGAGUGUUUUUUUUCUCAAAAAUGAUUUUUUUAGCAGCUGUGCGAUUGGGUGUUUUGUGUAAGAUAGAUGUGUCAAAAUAUAAAAUAUGAAACAUUCUGAGAUAGGCAUCUCGAUCCUAUAAUUGGGGGAUACAAUUGUUGUAUGCAAACUUAUAAUAGAUUUUACUGCUGGUAAUUGGUUUGGGAUUUCAGGAAGAAUCUCUAAUAUAUCUUACUAGGAGAUUGAGUUGUAAGAACUGGUUUUGGAAGAAUGUUAUUCUAUUUGGACUUUUCUGCUCAAUGUGAAAUAUCAUGCUAUUGAAGCCUAAAGAGUGUCCUAUUAUAUUGACUCGUACCUGUGUAAUACAUUCUCCGGUGUGCCUCUCUACUUUGCUUCCCCACUGUAUAUUCUUUGCUGGGGUUGACUAUUCUUCUGGUGCACUGAAGCUCCAAAAAGAAAGCCAAAAGGCAAAGAAGAAAGAAAAAAAGAGGGAGAGAAAGGAGAGGGAGAAGACCAAUGAAAAGCUUGUGAACUCUCAGCACGAGGAGAACCAUAUCAAGAGAAAGCGUGAAGAGAAGAAGUUGGAUCAGAAUUUGUUCAGCCAAAAGACCAGCAAUGAUGUUAUCCAGCAGCUGGAGAGAAGUGGCAUUACAGAAGAACAUGAGCUUCCAUGUUCCAUUCAGUAUUCCCACGACUCCCCGGAGAGCUCUCAGGACAGCAAUAAGAGGAGAAAACUUCUGCCCUCUGAUUCCGGUCAUAACAAGCAUGGAAUUAUCAUUCGCAUUAAGUUGCCAACAUUGAAGCAAAGAGACUCAAAGCCACCAUUACUAUCGGUGAGUCAAGAAGAUGCACAGCUACCAUUGGCAUCCUUGAAGAAAAGUGAGCCUAAGCCACUAUUACCAUCGGUGAGGCAAGCAGAUGCACAGCUACCAUUGCCAUCGUUGAAGCAAAGAGAGUUGAAGCCACCAUUACCAUCGUUGAAGCAAAGAGAGCCAAAGCCACCAUUACCAUCGUUGAGGCAAGCAGACACAAAGCUACCAUUGCCAUUGUUGAAGCAAAGAGAGUUGAAGCCACCAUUACCAUCGUUGAGGCAAGCAGACACAAAGCUACCAUUGCCAUCGUUGGAGCAAAGAGAGCCAAAGCCACUAUUACCAUUGGUGAGGCAAGCAGACACAAAGCUACCAUUGCCAUCAUUGACAAAAAGAGAGUCGAAACCACCAUUACCAUCGUUGAGGCAAGCAGAUGCACGACUACCAGUGCCAUCGUUGAAGCAAAGAGAGCCAAAGCCACCAUUACCGUCCGUGAGGCAAGCAGAUGCACAGGUGCCAUUUCCAUCGCUGAAGCAAAGAGGUCCAGAGCCACGGGACACUCAAACAGCUGCGCAAGUGAAUGUGGUAGUCAACAACAAAUCAAAGCAGAUAGCUGAUGAACGUCCUGCAGUUGAUGAACAGCCAUGUUUUUCAGGCACGGCUGUGGAAACGGGUCUUGAUCGAGAAGCAGCUGCACCUUCGCAUAGAACUACUAGUUCGAAAAGGAUUGGCAGCAGAACACGGCAACAGGAAAAGUUUGAUGAAUUAAUAGUGAAUUGGAAUCCAUCGCCAUUGCAGUUGGAGUUGGAGUCUUCAGACGCAGGCAGCGACGACUGGUUGUUUGGGGCUCCAAAGCAGCGGGGCGCCAGUUCGUUUGCUGCUGAGAGCAAAUCCAGCAAUGGAAGUGGAAGUAAUGCCAUUUCUUCUCCGCAGUCCCGAGCCCGCUACUUGCCUGAAUUCGACAUGUAUCAGCUGCCUUAUACAGUCCCGUUUUAAAUUCAAGGGACAUGAAUCGAUGCAGUCAGAAACAUGUUCUGUAGCCUAGCCAACAUUUUAAAAGAUCGGGAGAAUAUGCUGCAUUGUAAGGCCGAGCAAAAAAGGUGUCAUCUAUUUUCUUUGGGAUUGGCUGUAUGCUUGCAGUUCCCUUCAGAGUUCUUGUCCUGAUCCAAAAUGUUUGGACCCCUGCCUAACCGCAAACGGGUUUUGAUUGAGGACGAAGUCGAAUUCGUGUAUGUAUUCUUAUCCUCUUAGGCAACGAGUACGGAUGAUGGCGUCGAGUGAUCAACACUUUUGUGGUUGACAUUUCAAUAGUUAUUAUUUCUUUUGACC